AUGAUUAGGGAUAGGCCACCUGCAUCUGCUGCCGGCCGCCGCGGACGACGUCAUCCGCGCGUGCAUAAACGCACGCUCAUCGAGCUACAUCUAGAAGUGCUCAACGAAUGUGCAGCGGCGGAAUGGGAAAACGUCAAAGACGACUAUUUGCAGAUGCUCGUUGAAGAGUUUAUGGGGGACCGCCAUGGGCACCGUAGUUCCCCGGCUUCUUCUUCGAACGAGGACUCGACAACCCACCAUUCGACAACCCUGGAUCCACCCACCGAUUCCGACGGAACGGAUGCAUGCCCAUUGAAUGACCCCGAUCCAUGGCGUUGCAUGGAAACUAAAGAGUUACAAACGGACCGUUCUCCACCUAACGACGAGCACCGAUGGAAGUGUACAGAAACCAUACACGUAGCCACGCACCCUUGUCAACCGCAUGAACACGACCCCGAUCCAUGGCGUUGUAUGGAAACCAUACAGUUAGCCACGGACCCUUGUCCACCUAACGAAAAGGACCCCGAUCCAUGGAGUUGUAUGGAAACUAUACAGUUAGACCAGGACCCGUCUCCACCUAACGAACAGGACCGAUUGAAUUGUAUGGACACCCUAGAUACCGAAAGAGAACAGCGUCCCUCUACUGUUCCGGGGGACGCGACGUCGGACUGCACCCCAUGGAUUAACUGGAUUGACCGCAGCAAGCACCUAUUGCAGCCGUGCACGACGCAGCCGUGGUUUUUGCAAUUAACAGCGGAUUGGAAACAAUACCUGCGCGAGCACAUGGCGGCAGACGCCGACCACGGCGUAUCCGGGCACAUUGACAACGGUGAGGCGGCAACCCUGCAGAUGAAGACACUGCGGUUGUGGAAAGAAUGGAUUGCAAGACAGCAUAAACGGACGGAUACAUAUAGCGACGAGGAGUGGUUUAAGCAUUUGUUGAAUACUGUACAGGAGGCGACAGUGUCGGAAAAAGGCGAAGUACUUCUAGUAGAAAAAGUAAUGGCCGCAGAAGAUAGAGUGAGAGAUGUACCACGGUCGCAACCACUGCAUCCGCAACCUUACAUGAAAAAACCGUUAACCGCACAAACAUGGAUACUGCUCCUGGCAUUAGUCGUAGAACAGUGCGAAGUCGAACGCAGUUUGCAGGAUAAGGAGUUAUAUGUGGAUGACCUAUUGCAACAGCUCUGA